UCGGCUUUUUAUUUAUUCCUACGUGAGCAGAUCCACUACACUUCUUGCAUAUAAACAGUGAAAAUUACAACAUAAAGGACCCAAUAUUCCUUCUUUUGGAGUAAUUCUGCUGCUGGCCAAAGCCUGGCUCAUUUUGCAAGGAAAGGGAGGACAUCUCUGCAGGUAAUUCUACUGCUUUCAAGAUGUCUGUUAUCAGGCAAGCUCUCCAAUGGAACUGCUCGUACGAUGCUGAACAAGAUAUGGCACUGCCCAAAAGAGCCCUGCUGAGGACGAGAAGACAGCAGCCCAGGUGAUGAGUACCCUGAUGGAAGAGAGCUGAGUUGGGACUGUGGGAGCCUGGGGGAUACACACUUGCUUGUGCUGACUGCAGCUGGGACAUACAGAGGAGGUUGGGGCAGUUCCCUCAUCUGCAAAAUGGAAGCGAUAAUGCCUGGUCUUGGCAGAACUUAUUGUGAGGCUGAAAUUGGCUGGUAAAUCUGAAAACGCUGUGAAAACAUUAGCAUUGCUACUAAAGAGUGUGGAAGGGUCACUGGAGCCAUUCUUAUUUUAGUACGCUCCUCGCUUGCUGGCAGGACUGCCAGGCCCAGACCCCUUCCCCCAGGCCCGGUGGGCUCAGUUCUCACUCAGAUUUCCAGAGGCUGCGAACAGGGCUCACUGUGCCUACAUGUGCACUUCAGCCAAGACAUUCCAACAGUGAUUCUGCCUUCUGAAUGCCUUCGGAUGUCUCAAUCCUAUCCUGGUCACACCCCACUGGGUUUUGUGACGAACAGGGAAACAGCAUGAAAGAAAGCGAUGGCCCCAAAGGAGGAACUUGUGAUUGACACAAAUGGGGCUGUUCCCUUAGGGGCAUCAUGUAUCCUCCAAGAAGCCAGCCCCCAGGUCACUGAUUUCCCCGCCUGUUUACAUGCUCCGGAAAGAAGAUGUGUUUAAGUUUCCUACAGUUCUACAGUGGAAAUUGAUGCUCUGGGAAAGGAAGCCGUAUGUUACAGACGUAGCAGGUUUCUUUUGGAAUUCACACACUGGGAGUCUGGCGCUAUCCCCUAAAUGGUACUUUUGUUGUCUUUUUGUUCAAGACAGCAAGCUCCUUCCAGGAUCAGAACCGCCUGCCAGCCUCUCUUGAUAAACAGCCCACCAGCUCUCUUAGUAGAUCAGAUAUUUAAUGAUUAGCCUAACUCAUUGUUUAUCUAAGUGGCAAUUACCACCACAAUGAAAUAGUAUUUUACCUGCAGUGGGAGCAUUACGGAUAGCUCCCAGGGAGAAUCUACUGGCUGGGAAUGGCCAACAGAGCUUCCCAUACACAGAGGAGAGGACCACUUCAUCCUGGCUGGCAGAUCUCCACGUCUGAGAUGCCAUCAUCAGAUGCUGCUCCAAAGACCUAAGGAAAUGUGCCCUGGAGAAGUGUAUGGUCCCAAUCCUUCCAACUGAGGCUCAAUGGCCCAGCAAAAUAUGAAAGUGCGGCCUGUGCUUCUAAAGCGUAACAGCCUAGAGUCAGUGGAGUUUGUGAAACAACCUCACCAUCGCAGGAGCAAAUCUCAGCAGGUACGUUUCAAGGAAGAUGGGACCAGUAAGACUCCACCUGGCCUAGAUGAGGUUGACGUCCAAGCUUCUGAGGACCCAGCUGUGAUGGGCAAGACUCAGGCCUCCAGGCACCAUCACCUCCCCACCUACUCACUCUCCUUCCCCAGGUCCCAGAAGGCAGGGGGCUUUCGGAACAUUGCGAUCCAAACCUCCCCCAGUCUCAGGAAGCAUUUCCCAGUUUUCAAAAGGAAGAGACUCACAUCCAGCAAGUCCCUGGUAGAAAUGCCAACAGCAUCCCAAAGUGCCAUCCAGGUCAACGGCAACCUCUCAGAACAGGACAUUGUAUCCUCGGACCUUGCCUACUUAAGGUUGGCUCAGCAUCUUGAGGAUGGGCCUGGAAGAGUCAAAGUGUCCCACCCAUUUCAUCCUAGAAUGUCCAAGGUGCAAAGCAAUGGGCCUAUUAGCGUAUGCUUGGAAGCAGGGACUUGGAGGCCCUCAGAGAAAGCAACUGCUACCAUUCAAGUCCCAGAUGAUAUUUACCAGAGUCCUACCUGGGCAGCUAGAAAAUCCACUAUCAGCUCAGACAGGUCAGGUGACAUAAGCAACUCCAUCCAUCCUCUGGUUGACGUGUGUCCAGGUGAUGGGAGAACAGUGCCACUAUCAGAAUCAGAAAGAUCCCCUUCCUGCUUAGAUGCCACCAGCGAUGCCAACCACGUGCCAGGCACAGGGAAACUUAAACCCGAAUUGCUCUUGCCCCAAGACAACUCUGAUGACAAAGACCUUGACCCACUGUCACCUCAGUCAAAGGAAACAUGUAUUCCGUCACCUCCACGGACUCACAGCUCCCCCUCACCAGGCCCCCACAGCCAGCCCGCCCAUUCAGGAGGGGCUUCAGACUGUUCUUCAUUGAGUAACAAUCACCAGGAGCAGAUGGCAAAGAACCCCACCCAGUCAGACACCAUGGAGUUUCAAAACUGUUCAGGAAGCAAUCACCUCCCAUCUCCUCUUCCAAGAAGGGAGACCAAACUUCAGAACAACGGAGAGACUGGUGGGAUUAAUCCAAUUCAUCUGGCACAGGGGGAACUCUGUGAUCUCCAAGGCAGGCUGCAAUCCGUGGAGGAAUCUCUGCACUCGAACCAAGAGAAAAUUAAAGUCCUUUUGAAUGUAAUUCAAGACUUGGAGAAAGCUCGAGCUCUCACAGAAGGGCGCAACUUUUAUCGAACUGGUCAAGAUCUCAACAAUUGCAGUACCUGCCAGAACACGGCGUGCAUCAUAUACAGUGUAGAAUAUGAUUUUCGGCAACAGGAAGGCAGGUUCCAUGAAGUUCUACAGAGUCUGGAGGAAGCAGAACCAGUGGAGGAGACAUUUCCCCCACCAAAGUCCCCAGCAGAAACCCCAGUCCCUGAGAAACAGGACUUAAGGAGGAAAACCAAGAAAGUGAAGAAGAAAUGCUUCUGGUGGAUCUGAGCUUGUUGGGUCCAUUCCCUUUGCCCUCCCCUGAUACCUCCCCAACGUGGGAAAACCACUGCCCUCAGGCCUUCUCUACUUCUUAGCACAGGCCCCAGGUGGUUAGCCAUUCAACUUGUGAAAUGGGGAAGACUCAGGGCUGGUUUAGCUGCUGCUGGACACCUGACCACUAAUCUCACCUGAAUGAGUGACGCUGCUUGCUGAGGACUUCAUGGACCCUAGAGUGACCACUUGCCUAGGUGGCUGUCACACAUGACCAGGCCACAUCCUUGUUUGAGAGUCUAGGUUCCCACCAUGAGCAAAACCCUAUCACAUUUUCCAACACCUCCAUGAUGCUAAACACUUCCUUCUCAUCCUGGGUUUAUCAUCCCAAAAGAAAAACAAAUACUGUGAAUAACAGGAAGAUAGAGGAGCAUUAUAAGCAGAUACCCCAGAAAAAAAUUAGAUACAUAAACUGGCAGUUUUCUAAGAUAUUGGCAUAUAGAAGCACAACAGAAGUAGGUAGGGCAUAAAAAUUCAAGAUUACCUGGUGGGUUGGGUCAUUUUCAUUUUUAAUUAGCCCUUAGAUCCCAAAUCAAGGAUGUGUCAUCUCAUGCUGUGUAAGCUUUACAGUCUGUGGCAGAGUGAGGUUACAGCAGGGUAUAAGGAACUUGGUGGUAUGGCUAUCCUGCAGUUGUAACUACUGCAGGGCCUACCUUAAACCAUCAUGUUCUCAGCCUGGGGCCUGAGACCUGUCGGCAAAUGGGUGGGACCUGGUUUGGGCUUGAACUUUAAGAUUCCACAGUUAGUGUCCCUGCAGUAUUUAAGUAGCUGUCUGUCCAUUUCAUCUUACCAGUAACAUAAGACUAAGAUAAAACACAACACUGGUUCUUGUUCAUUCAUCCCAGUAACAGCCUUGUAGAUAGGUUCCAAGGUAUAUUAAUCUUUACAAUCUCCCUUUGUGAUGACCACGUGAUGGUCACCUGAUUGAAGAAGCAUCAGGACUGGGGAUGAGGAUAUAUUUUUUUUCCAUUUUUGUAUUAAAGACCUUUCCUUCCCAAAGUCUGAAUUCUUUUGAAGUCUGACUCAUUCUUUUGGCAAGACCCUCAUACAUGUGGGUCCAGUCAAACUUGCAUGGCUGAACAAACUACUAAAGUAAUAGAAUUAAUUGCUACAUACUCUUGGGGAUAAGGGGUAGGUUGGAAAGGCUUGUAUCCUUUGCAUUAAAUUCUCUACCAGCCUGUGGUUGCAUUGAUGAUGCUUAGAAAAGGGAUCCUAAAGCUCAACAAGCAUUCAGUGAAGAAGGCAUUUCAUAAUCCCCUUUGCUGAAGAUCAGGUGUCUGAGUUAGAGUCUACAGAGUGCACGUGGGAUGUAUGUACCCCACUGCAAAUUGAGACUAACUGAACAAACCACUCCAACAGCGUCACCUUUCCCUGUCACCGUGCUGCAGUGCACAAAGCUAUUUCAGUGGGAGCAAGAGGGAAAUUUGGCAGAGUCUCAGCUUGUACUAUUUAAGUCUUGGAAUGUCAUUCAAGAUGUUCUCAUUCUGUUUCUAGUGUAAUGUUUAAACCCACAAAAUGAGACUGGAAUACAUAACACUAAGUUGGAAUUAAGAUAAAUACACUUCUUAUACUUAAGAAGUCACAUUUCAAUAAGAUAUGCUACCACUGGCUAAAAGCCACAGAUCUCUCUGUAUCCACACAAUCAACUCUCAGUUGGCCCCAAAAGUGGAAAAGAACAGCACAGAGGAUAAUCCAAUAACACAAGAUCAUUUGGGAUCUCUUAUACAAUUUUUCUCAUAGUAGAGCUUCCAUCUUAAUUUGCUUUGCUUAUGCUAAUUUCCAAAUUAAUUUAUAUUCUCGGGUAGCAUGCUAGAAUGAAAAUAAUCCUGUUCCUAGAAUUAAGAGACCCAGGCAACAGAACAGUCUAUUACACUAACCUUGGCAAAUUGCUUAAAUUUUCAGGACCUGUGUCUCCACUCUUGAAUGGAGAUAUAAAUACCUACUCUACCUACUUUAUAAGCUCUGUGCACAUUCCAACAUCAAAAUGAGCGGAAUGCAGAAUGACCCAGAGCUGAGCGGGAUCACUUGCCAGAGUUAGCCUGGAAUGAUGAAGAGGUAUCUGAGGUAACUCACACAAAAAGAAUAAUCUACCUCUUGGGUAAUGAAGCUCACCUUGUCAUACACUUACAACACUGAGUUGGGGACCUGAGAUAAAUCCUCAACCGAAUUAAAUGAAACUGGGGUUGGAAAAUGUUGACAUUUUGAAAACAACAACAACAACAAAACAACAACAAAUGAGGCUAUGAUAAUUCUAUACCAAAGCACAACACAGCACUGCUCAGGCCACCAACCUAAAUCGAGAACGGGGUCUCUUCUGAAUAUUGAACAUUUUAAAUAGGAGGGAAAUGGGUUCAGUAAACAACUUCCUGCUGAACACAAAUGAUCAUCUCUAUGUUUCAAACAACACACAGUUCCAUAUGCCAAACCUCUACUCACCUAACAUGUGAAAUCACUUCUUCGUAAAAUAUUAUGUAACAUCUACUAUGAUAUUCUAUAGAAAUGCUGUACUUGAGGUUAUAUGGUUUUAUGAGAGAUAUUAAUUUAACAAAAAUUACUUUUAUAAAAUUGAAGGGAAAAAGACCAAUACAUCAACUUCAGUUGCAGGAGUUUAUGUAGCUGCUUUCUCUGUAGUUAAAAAAAAUAGGUACUCACUAUACUUGGAACUUCAUACCAGCUCAUCUAUAGAGCACCUUCUUAAAGACUAUGUACCAAUGUAAGGUUUUGUAAAUUUCUAAACUGUUUUAAAUGGGAUAUUAUCUUUUGCAAUAAACUUACAUAUUU